AUGGCGCCCAGGCCGUCGCUUCCCGCGCUGAGGCGGUAUGCCACCGUCGCCGCAGACACUGUGGCCUCGUCAUCGGCCACCACCGCCGUCCCUUCGGCAGCCCGCCCAGGCCGUGUCUUCCCCGAGCGCAAGGCGUUCCUCUUCGACUACUACAACCACCUCCUCCGUCGGUCCCAGCUCGUUCUCCUCUUCCAGCACGCAAACCUCAGCGUCGCAGACAGCAAUGCUCUCCGCAAUGCCAUUGCCUCCAUCCCCGUCCCGCGCCCCGCCACCCUCGCCGACGACGCACCCAGCCCCGAGCCGGCCACCCUCACCAUUGCGCGUACGGGUCUGCUUGCGCCUGUCGUCCGCGCCCAGCCCGGCGGUGCGGCCCUCGAGACCCACCUUAACGGUCAGACCGCUCUCAUCACCUGCCCCUCCCUGUCGCCCCUGUACGUCGGCAAGGUCCUUGCCGUACUUGCACGCACCGUCAAGAAGCAGCAGUCGGACGACCCCAAGAAGGCCAAGACCCAGCCGGCCCUCUCGCUCGUUGCCGGCGUCAUGGAGGGCAGCCGCGUUCUGAACGCAGCCCAGGUCAAGGAGUUCACCCAGUUGCCCGACCUCGACGGCCUCCGCGCCCAGCUCUUGGGCUUGCUCGAGACUCCCAGCCGCCAGCUCGUCGGCAUCCUCUCCCAGGCUGGCGGUGGCAGCCUCGUUCGUACUCUCCAGGGCCUCGAGGACACCCUCAAGGAGAAGACGACCGGCGACGAGGCAAAGUAG